CUUCGUUCAUAGUGCCUAUCAAACCCCCGUUGAAUGCUUGUUUCACUGGCAUUUGCUAUUAGGAGAACAGUAUCAAAUCCUCUCUAAAAAAAGACUCGGCAGCGUAUAAGACAGGCGGAGCGCGAACGACCAUCUAACAGCGAGAAAAAACCACCCUUCAUUGGCAACUAGGGUCACUUAACUUUUAUUAUUUUUAUUCUUUUAGGAAGUCUAGGAAAUCGCCUUUUGGAAAAUUUCUCAACACACAAGGGACCCGAAGUCCUUGGUAAUUCUGUUCCCGAAACAGGUGUUCGUUCGUUUCAUUUGGAACAAAUCUAUCUACAACUUCCCCCAGACUUACUCAGAACAGACAGCUUGAUGUCUGCUGUCAAGUUUGAGUAUCCAACCUACAAGUUGUUCGAGCCUCAAUAUCAUACUCAGAGGCCAAUUAUCGUCGAUACCGACGCACUCGAGUCUCCUGAGACGGUUAUCCUGAGAUACGAGGAAGAGGCUGCCGCUAGAGCGAACGGAGGAGACCUUCGUGGGGAUUCCCCACCGGGUCUCCUGUCUAUGCCCACAUAUUCAAAGCCUCAACCGCCCCCAAUGCACGCAUUUGAUUCACCGAGAUCGUAUCAUGAUCCUCAAUAUUCAUACGCUGCUCAGCAAUUUGCAGCCCACCAAUCCGAAAAUGCUGCGGCGCAACUUAACCAGAUGGCUUUCGCGGCCAACAGCUCUGCCGGGCAAUAUAUGGCACCGAUCGUGCCUACGCUGAACUCGUGUCAUCCGGUAGCUGGCAUGUACGGGACAAAGGUAUCGGUCAAGAUAACGGCUACGUACGAUUUGAUGGCGUUCACAAGCCACUUCUACCUCGCUUUUGGUUCCCACAAGAGCCCGGCACACGCGGUCAGGGACGCGAGUGACACGAGCGGGACCCGGUAUGUAGUCAGCGGAGAUGCACCGCAGCUCGAAGACACGAGGAGUCACAGCCCCAGCGUGCCUUUAUCACUUUUAAUAGAAGGCACAAACGGACAGACUCUGGCGACAGUUGACUCGGGCACGUUCACUUACCACGACAGUCCAGCUGGGACCACGGAUGGCCCGCCUGAGAACGUCACGCGGGCCAAGGGGGGGUCCAGAUCACCUGAGCAGGCGGAAAGCCCUACGAAACAACAAGAGCCAGACCAGCUGGUCCCUGAGACUGCUACAAAUACAUAUGGCUACGCUCCCACCGCCCAACAAACCGUCGCAUCCAACUACGACACAGGUUACACCAACAACGACAGUAUGAUAGGAACUUACCACCGAUCGUCUUACGCGCUCGACUAUCCGCGGCCGGCGCCACCGCCGCUCAAGACCCCUUCGUGGAGUACUUACGGCCACUCUCUAUCUUCACGGAGUCCCGCCUCGGCCCUCACUCAUACUACCAUCACUCGACCUAGCAGCAUCACCACCCUUCCCGUCCCAACCUCUAGCACACCCCAGCUUGUCCGGACGAGCACGUUACAGGCCUCCGGAUCGUCCAGCGGCGCGCAGCUCAACCCCUACGCGAUCUAUUCGACGAAGGCGGUGCUCAAGAUAAAUGGGGAUCUCGAUUCGAUGGCAUCGGGGUGGACACAGGAGGAGUGGGACAACCGGCGGCGCAUCGUCAUGUUCAGCCGGAAGCAGCAAGCCUCGACACUAUCAACAUCCUUCAAGCCCGUCACGGUCAACGAGCGGCCGCCCAACAGCAUAUGCAUAAGCUGCAUCUACUGGGCGGAGAAGGACGAGUGCUUCGUGACGAGCGUGGACACGAUCUCGCUGCUGGAGCAGCUGGUGGCGGCGCCGGGCAGGUUCACGGUCGAGGAGAAGAACCGCAUUCGUCGGAAUCUCGAGGGGUUUCGCCCCUUGACGGUCAGCAAGGCGAAGCCCGACAGCGAGGAGUUCUUCAAGGUCAUCAUGGGGUUUCCGGCGCCCAAGCCGCGGAAUAUCGAGAAGGACGUCAAAGUGUUCCCCUGGAAGAUUCUGGGCUCGGCGCUAAAGAAGAUUAUUUCUAAAUACGUGAGUUGGGACAUUCUAGUAACAUAAUUCCAUUUCUGCAUGCCCUUCAUCCACAUUACCCCCUGGCCCGGGCCCAACAUUGCUUACCCCCGUCAGCAGCACAAGUCCCGGCCUCUACGGGCCACCGCACACUCCAACGGUUUCUGACGGAGGCUACUCCCAUCACGAU